ACUACAAAGAACUCUCGUCUUACAAAGUUGAAUACCAGUAAAUGAUAUAUCAACCCCACGGAAAAUCCCUAGUUAGUUGCAGUAGCAGUGCGUGAGUCAAAUCACUGGGGAAGACAUAUUACAGCCAAUGGGUUGUGAUAAUGGUGUUGUUUGCUCUAUAACCUGUUAGUUCAUAUGGCUUGCGACCAUGUUAUAUAGGCCUAAGGCCGAUACAAUAAGAAGACGCUGGCAGAAUAAUUCACACAUUUGUUUCUUCACAAAACCGGAGAGCAACCUCUGUUGGGUGAAGUGCACAAAGCGUAUUGCAUGUAACAAACAGUUACAUGACUUACAGCAUGGUCAGGAGGGGAUGUUGGUGUGGGUCCUGUUUCUGCUCUGUCAGGGGGUGGCACCUGCUCUGACACAAGACCUCUGCCAGCGCGAUGCUCCAAAUGGCUACAAAGUGCGCAUCAGCCUCAAAACUGCUUUGGGAGAGGAUGCUUAUGAAUGGAAUCAGAGUGAAAUGUUCUUUUUCCGAGCUACUAUGGCCUUUGCCAUGAGGAGGCACUUCCAAAUGGAAACAUACAAUGUCGACAACAUUAUCCUGUGUGUUCAGACUUCGAGGGUGUCCUUCUGGUUUGUGGUGACAUCACCAGACAAUGCCACCAUGCUUAUUCCUAAGGCAGAUGUGGAGAAAGCUGUGAGGAUGGCAAGGCAUCGCAUCAACAACGCCUUCCUCCUGUCAGAUAGGACCCUGGAGUUUCUGGGCAUCCACCCUACACUAGCAGCGCCAGUCAACCCUGACACCCCUCCCUGGCUCAUCGUGUUUGGAGUGGUCAUCGGUGCUGUGUGUGCUGGAAUCAUUGCCCUGCUCGUAUCCUCUCUGCUUCAAAAGAGACGGAAAGAGAAAGGGAUGACAGAGGAUGGGCAGGAUGAAGAGGACAUGCAGGUGAAAGGAGUGGAGAAUGGCAUCAACCUGGAUGGCACCUACAAUAGAGGAUUCACAGAUGAUGAUCGCUUUACAAAGCUGUAAGGGCUUUUCCGGUACAAUGCUGCCAAGUAAGCACUCCAAAGACACUUUUAUGCUCUGUGUCUAAAGUUUCAAACUGCAGCGGGUAUGAGAUUUGGUAAAACAGACUCUAGCCACUAGUUAAAUAAAUAAGUGAAAAGAACAGUAAGACAUUUCCCACUGGGCACAGACGUCAGUUCAACUAAUGUGAAUUCAAUGUGAAAACAAAAAA